AUGAAGCGCAAAGAUGCCAGCGCGCGGUUCCACCGCCGUCUCAUCCCAUCUGCGGAAGCUAUCAGGAGAUGGUCGAAAUCCUCUGGUCCGGCAUGCGAGGCUUCCCAGUUCAUGCCGGAUCUGAACGGUACUGCAGGCUCCGACUGGAACAAGUCUGUGGCCAAGGUCUUCGCUGAGAGUUUUGUUCAGUACGGGCAGUUUAACUGCAAAAAACGCACUAAAAUUGCAGCGGCCUUUCGAUCUCAUCUGCGCGGUCUCAUCAACAAGUACAAGGAAUCGCUUUCGGAGCCCUCUCCUCAGGAUCUGCUUGCCGAGAAGGAGCGUCAUAAUCGUUACCAACGGAAGCUUGGUCUAUACGAACGGCGUUUGCAGACUUGUGGCUGGUACGAUCAGCUACGGCGGCAUGCGACGAUGCUCCGCAAGCUGGGCCCAGGUGGGAUGAGCUCUGACGAACCCGACGGUGACUCGGCGGACCAGUAUGUGAUUAUACAACAGCCGUGGAGGUCACACUCAGUCGCUCGAUGGUUGCGCGUCAUGGACCAAAUGUACGCGCGGCUCAAGAACCCCCCUGGUCAGCCGCCUUCGCGAGGCGCGCCUGUGCGCAGACGUGUUACCAGUGAUCGCAACGACGGCAAAUCGCCGGCAGUACGAGGCCUUCCAAUCAAUAUUUACGAGGCGGAGUGGUAUGCCAAGCUGUCUGAGUUCGAGAAGCAGGAAAUUGGUGCGACUACGGAGGCAUAUGACCUCAGCCACGACAAUGUGUUGUUACAGUGA